UUGGCAGCUGUUUGUUUACAUCGGCGACGAAAGAACACAAAGGCAUUUCCUCUCGUUUCUUUAUAUUCUCUCCUCUCAGGGGAUGUAACAAUGACGAGGAGCGGGGGGGCGGCGGUGGCUCCACGCCCGCUCAACACGGUGCAGUUCGAGCAUCCUUCUCACACGGGCGCCCUUCUCUACGGCCUCAACACCCUGCGCUCCAAGGGCCUGCUGCUCGAUGUCACCCUCAUCGCCGGCGGGGAGGCCUUCCAGGCCCACCGCGUCGUGCUGGCCUCCUGCAGCGACUACUUCCGCGCCAUGUUCACCGACGAGAUGCGCGAGCGGUGCCAGUCGGAGAUCUGCCUGAACGGCGUCAGCGCAGCCGGCCUCCAGUGCCUGCUGGAGUACGCCUACACGAGUCGCCUCUGCCUCAACCUGGCCAACAUCCAGGACGUGCUGUCCGCGGCCGCGCACGUGCAGGUGCUCACCGUGGUGGAGGCCUGCUCGAACUAUCUCCAGGCUCAGCUUGACCUGGAUAACUGCGUCGACAUCGCAACGAUCGCCGAGACAUACUCUCUUCAUGGCCUACGGAAGAGAGUGUAUGCCUUCAUGAGCUCUCACCUGCACCAGUUCAGCAAGAUGGCGGACUUUCAGCGCCUCACCGUGUCGCAGCUGUUGCAUCUGCUGUCGUGCGACUACCCGGUGGACUGCAGCGAGGCGCAGGUCCUCCUCACCGUGGCGGGGUGGCUGCAGCACAACCCCUCCGAGCGCGGUCGCCACGCCGCGGCGCUCCUGCAGACGCUCAACCUGGAGGAGGUGCCUGCGGCUGUGCUGGAACGCGCGGCGCACCUGUCCGUGUUGGAGGCGCCGCUGCGAGCCGCCCUGCGCCAGACCGUGCCGCCACUGAGCCCCGCGCCGCCCACUGGCCUCGUCAACUCGAGGGGCUUGGAGCUGGCGGUAGUAAAAGUGGGCGGGUUCAGCAUCGCCGGAAUCACGAACGAGAUCACGUACUUUAUGCCGUCCGUGGGGCGCUGGCGGCACCUCACGACCAUCCCGCACGUGGAACAGUGUAACUACGGGACGGCGGUGCUGAACAAUGAACUCUACGUGAUUGGAGGAUGUUUCAACCAGUCGCUGCAGGAGAACAUUCACCCCUUCGGCUUCCGCUACAAUCCCCAGCAGAACAAGUGGAGCACGAUGGCCCCCAUGCAGCGCGAGCGGUGUCGCUUCUCGCUGAGCGUGGUGUCGGGGCAGCUGUAUGCCGUGGGAGGAGCCAGCGAGGCCAGCGACGAAGGGGCAGCCGAGGACGAGAGCCCCUGCGAGGCCUACGACCCGGCGACCGACACCUGGAACCCCAUCGCCGCGCUGCCCGGCGCCCGAGCGCAGCACGCGGCAGCGGCGCUCAACGGGCUGCUGUACGUGAGUGGGGGACUCGAGGGCGACCACGUCCUAGACUCGUGCCAGGUGUACGACCCGAGCACGGGCACGUGGGAGCUGCGCGCGUCCUUGCUCACGCCGCGGGCAGACCACUACUGCGUCACGCACUCCAACUGCCUCUUCAUCUGCGGCGGCUGGUACGAGGACGAGGCCACCAACACCAGAGUGUUAGUGGAUACCAUAGACUGCUACGACCCGUCGACAGACACGUGGUCGGUGGUGAGCCGCGUGCCCACGCCGCGGUACCACGCCGGCAUCGUUGUCAUCAGCUCGAGGCUCUACGUGAUCGGAGGCUUUCACUCCGAUGCGACUUUCGACCGCGCCACGGGAGUCAUCGAGUGCUACGACCUCGAGAGUGGGCUGUGGAGUGUGGAGAACGCCUACCCACAGGACAUUUGGGAGCACGUGUGCGUCCCCCUGUACAUCCCUCGGUGUCGGGAUGACAUGGACGUCUUGGCCAUUACGAAAUAGUUGCCUUAUACUGCGACAGAGGCUGAUGGGGGAGAUAUCAUGCCAACGCAUAGUUUGUUGAAGAAUACCCGUACGGAAGUGUUGCUGAAUGUUUCGAAAGAGAACAUUUAUUAACUGUUGUUAUCAAGCAAAAACAAAAGAAAAAAAUGUUCACAAAAUGAUGCAAGAAAAGGUUUUUCUGUGUUUUUAGCACUGAACACAGAAAUAUAAUCUUAUGGUGAAUACUUUGUUCAGCUGUUACACUUUUUUGUAAUGGAUAAAGCGGCAAAAUCAGCACGAGCAAAAUUCAAUUAACAAAAAAAAAAAAAAAAAAGAAAUAAAAAAGUAUAUAU